UAGGGUAGCAAUCUUUCAAAGAAAGAUGGGACUGGUAGAUCUCUUCAAAUUUCAAAAGAGACUUUCAUAAGUUAUUCAAAAUGAGACGUCAUUGCCCAGAUGCUUACUGCUUCGGUACUCCUGGUUAGGAAAUGCAUCUUCUUUGAAGUUAUUUUAGGUCUCUUUCUUGCAUGACUUUGUACAGGAUCCAAUAUAGCUUAUAAAUGGAAAUUCUCAAGAACUUUUGGAAAAGUCCUAUUGGUCCCAGAACAACUCACUUUUGGGGCCCUGUUUUUAACUGGAGUCUUCCUAUUGCAGCAUAUGCAGACAGAAAUAAACCACCUGAACAAAUCUCUGGAAGGAUGACAGGAGUUUUGUGUGUUUAUUCUGCGUUGUUCAUGAGGUUUGCCUGGAUGAUUCAACCUCGCAACUUACAUCUUUUAGUAUGUCAUGUUGCCAAUGAGACUGUGCAACUCUAUCAAUUAUCACGAUGGGCAAAGGCUCAAGGGUUCUCACAGCAGAAGAUAGAGGGACCUGAAAAGGCUGAGACAUAGUGAUCCAGAUGAUAUGGGAGAAUGUUUCCUUGCUUUACCUUUGUCUUUGUCAACUAUUUUAUAAUAAAAAUUUCUUCUGUAAAACAAUAAAAACAAUGGCUCUGUUAUGUGUUUGAUGAGGCAAAUAUUGUUAACAGUGGAAUGUUCCAACAGUGGAAAAACAACUGAGGUUUGGUUA